AUGGGCGCCAGCGGCUCCAAGGCCCGCGGCCUCUGGCCCUUCGCCUCCCCCGGGCCGGGCGGUGCCGCGGGCCCCGGCGGGGAGCAGGCCCUGGCUCGGGCGCGCGGCUGCCGCAGCGCUACCCCAUUCGUCUUCACCCGCCGCGGCUCCAUGUAUUAUGAUGAGGAUGGGGAUCUCGCCCAUGAAUUCUAUGAGGAGACAAUUGUCACCAAGAAUGGGAGAAAGCGCGCCAAACUGAAAAGGAUCCACAAGAACCUGAUACCUCAGGGUAUAGUGAAACUGGAGCACCCUCGCAUUCACGUGGACUUCCCCGUUAUCAUCUGUGAGGUCUGAGCUGCGGGGGGAGCGUGAGUUGCUGCUGUGUGCUGUCAGUGCACCCGACCUGCCCAGCCUUACUGCACCUAAUGUAACCACACAAGGCUGCCUUGUGUCCCUGAACCACAAUGGACUGCAAGCACAGAUGCACAUACUCUUGACUUUAGAGCUCCUCUUGCCUGGAGGAGGAGAAUGAGAUGGGGUGGUGCAGAAUCGGCUAGUUACCUGGAAUAGAAUUGGCUAGGGAUCUGUUCACAAGUCAGACAAGACAUGUGAACUUGUUUAGCAACAUGCUUAACAAUACCCUCGACUGAGUCAGAAGAUUGAAAUCCUUCUCGUGGCUGCCGUCAGAUGUUUGGAUGGAUCACUGAACUGCCUGUGACACUCGUGUUUGAGGUUUUAAAGGGAGAGCCAUCCUGCAUCUCUCGCCGAACAAAAUCCCUGCUUCGCAGGUACCUGCCCCAGGUAGAGUUGAGGUCAAUUAAUUCACCUCUGUGGGGCUAGGGGCAGACCCCUAAUGCCCCUUCCCUACGAAGUGGCGAUGAAUAAAAGGGUAGUGGUGUAGUUUAUUCUUUGUGGGGGGUUGGUUAUGCAGUACUGCCCCCAAGUUGGUCUGGGAAUGGAGUGUAAAUGGGGCGGUCUGAGGUGAAGCUAAUCUCGAGAACCCCACUGAAACAGAGUAGCGCUUCUCGGGAAGGUAGGAGACCAGAUUUCAUUGCAUCAGACCUCAGUCUCCUCUUUUAUAUGGCCCCCUCCCGUGCUCAGCGUUAUUUUGUACUUCCUAGCGAUAUGGCUCGUCUGGUCCCCAGAAGCCUUUCCAAUGGCUCUAGAUACCCCGGCUCAGUUGUUGGUGUUCAGACCUCUCCGAAAAUCCAUUGGCCACUGGUGGCGCUGUGCAGAGCCAGCAGAGCAAACAGUCCGAUCUUUGCAGCAAGAUCAAUGGACACUGCUGGAAGCAGCAGCAGUGCUUAGAGCUGAGUGACUGGGCUGGCAGCCCAUGUUAACCCACACAGCUUUGCAGUUGGGAUUCGCACAGCAGGGCUUAGCUUGCCACCCAUUAGCAUGCGUCUGCCUUGGCGGGAGCAGGCUGCGCUCCUGUUGAGUGGCGUUCUUCCCCCUCCUGAAUCUGGUGUGUUGAAGUGCAGGGUACAAGGUAUGACCUCUUGUAUUAGCCAUAGCGUUUAUUUUGGGGCUCAGUCCCUCUCAGAAUGCGGUUCUGGGUAACUGUCACAUGUUUAUCAGUUGUGCCCCAGUGCCGACAGCAUGCCCUGGCUGUGUGUAACUGUGAUAGAGCUAGGGCAGGAAUGAAGAGUUAGCUUUUACCCUCUAAAGCAGUUGGCGUCAGCCCCUUCCUGUCUUGGAAACCUCCCUGAGGUAUGAAGCCUGGGUUCUUCCACUGCACCCAUUCCUCUCUUUCUCCCUGUGGGGACAAGAGGGAAUGCAAUGCACUUUAAUGGAAGGUUCUCUCUUCCCCACCCAACUUGAUAAAGAAACACGUAGCUAUUGGGGCGGCCCCCUCUGCCAGCUAGACUCAUGGUGGCAGCACUGAAACUGUGCAUUGGUGCGUCUGCCACUGCAUGCCUGCUUCCUCGUUUGAAGGAUUGAGCGCUAGCUGGCUGCUGCUGAGCCAGGGUGAGAGUACCCCAUCCCAGACACUAGAAAUCGUGAUCUCUCGGCUCCAGCUUACAUGAGAAUGGGCAGAGUCGCUGUGCACAAGCAGGAUGUCAGGGAUCCUUACCGCUAUCUACCCCUCCAAGAACUCUUGUGAAGCUUUAAAACUGGAUCAAGAUGUGGCUCCUGCAGCGGUCAGCUUAUUAGAGACAUCUCGUUUCCCCUUCAAGAGCAUGUCAUUUACGUUCUGAGCACUUCAGACAUUUGCUACCUCGAUUUUUAAUUUAAGCUGCUGGUGCAAAGUUGCUAGCAGUAUCGGUGUGUCUGUAUUGGAUGUAUCCCUCUCCACACCCCUGAGAACAGUUCUAGGGUCUGUAUGCCAUUCUAAUAGGGGGUCUUGUAGUUAGCAAUAGCAAUGCUGGCUCUGUCACUGUCUCCCCAUAACCUCAGACUCGGCCUUGUUCCCUGAUCGCUCUCUGUAGUGGUUGGAGUGAAACCACAGCACUGAGGGACCAAAGGUUCUGCUCCCCACUUCCCCUCCCCAGCUGGCAUGGAAGUUGGUUUUCACAGAUAGAAUGCUUGUUACAGCUCCAGAAGAGAGCACUUUUACACUGUGACGCUGAGCAUUUCCUUCUAGAUCAGUGUUCUUCCACCUACUUGGAAAAGUCGCUCUUAAAAAAAUAUCCUAUUAAAGUGUCUCUUGUUUGCACCAGCCAUUCUCUAGCAGGUGACUUGGGUUCAUCUCAGACCAAGGCUCACAGAUCUCCUUGAAAGAGGCACAUCUCUGGUGGCAGAGCCGGGCUGGAGGACACCAUCUCCAACAAAGGAAGGGAUCAAGCUAUGUGAGGCUGACUCAACCCUGGACCCCUGCUCUGAUAUGGGGAGACUUAGCAGUGAAAACUACCCUCUUGCUGCUGCUUGUGCGGUGUGUGCAGGAGACAACUUGGGCUGAGAGCCUUCCUGGCUUCUCUUGAUGGAGGCGAGAGACUGCAGGAGGCCACUGGCCUCCUCCUGAGUGAAGAGCAGUAUUGGUUAGGUACUGAGUGGUGGGUGGAAUCUAGCACUGGAGAAAUGAGGUGUUUGGUAUGGAGGAGAGUGCAUGGGGAGAGAGAAAUGAGAACUGUUGGCCAGUAUCUUAUUCCCCCCGCAUGUCCCCUGGAGCAGAGGUUGGUAGGGCAUCACCUCCCAUGUGCUUUGGUGUGGGGUGUGGUACCUGUGUUUGCAAAUGCAGGAAUAGGCUCCUCGUCCUUGUGCUGGGCAGGUUUGGAGCAGCAGGGUUAGAUCUGUGUUCUGAAUGCCAAACUGGCCUAGGGCAGUGUCAUGGGCUAUGCCAGGUGGAGCCGGCCGUUGUUAAACAAGCUCCGUGCCAAGAGUUGGUCAGAAAUGAGUGAGCUGAAUGGUGAGCUAGCUCUUUUGGGGAAGAUUGUAUGGAGGGAAAGGCAAGAUGCUUCCCACUAGUAUAAAAGAGAGAGAGCAGGGAGGGGGGUUAGAGUCCUGAGCAGGCUGAGCUCCCCCUUCUGUGAUUCACAGAAACCAUCUGCACACCACAAGCAGCGGGAUGAAGGGCUUGACUCUGGAAGGAGAUGGUGUGUUUCAUAGCAGCAAGCAGGGUGGGCAGAGCUUGUCAAAUGGCUUUCACAGAGGAAGCCAUGCCCUCCCCUUUGCAUGGGGGUUUGUGUAGCACAUCUUCACCUUGGCAAACCCUUGCUGGGCUUGGGAGCGGGAAGGGGUUGCCCACUGCACAGUGAGUAACACUCUUGAGGUGCCCAGCCAAGACUAAAAGGCACUAGGUAUGUCUACACUGCAAUUAAAAACCUGUGGCUGGCCUGCACCAGGUGACUUGGGCUCACAGGGCUAUGGGGCUGUUUAAGUGCAGUGUUGACUUUCAGGUCCAGGCUCAAGGACCCUGUGAGGGCUGAGGGUCCGAGCCUGAAAGUCUACACCACAAUUAAAGAGCCCCUGAGCCUGAGUCAGCUGGCACAGGCCAGCUGUGGUAUCGAAUUACAGUGCAGACAUACUACUGUGUGCAGAGUACAGUGUCUGUUUCUCACGUCUGGCCAUAACAUAGUAGCUUAGCCCUCUCAUGUUCUUUUACUGGCCGCCUUGCUUCUGAACAGGGAGAGGUGGUCAGAGCACCCUUCGCUCAGCAAAGCACCAUGGGUAACCUAUAGCCACUUUCACUGUCCUUUAAAUGCUCUGAGACAACCUGUUGGGGAAACUCCCUCUCUUCACAUACCCCGAGCAAUCCAAUCAGAGCCUUCCCCCAAGGAAGGGCUCAUUCCACCCUACUUCUAAGUCAGCAGGCUUCCUACCCCUCUUCCUGACCCACUUCUUUCUAGGCUGGUUAGCACACUGGGGUUGAAGCUGUGCAGUCAGUCUGCAUGGAUUCUAGAAUCCCAGCCUUUCUCUCCCCCAACCCUAUUUCCUAGUAGCUCCGGUCCCCUUGAGCCUACGCAGACGGGAUGAGGACCACCCUUGGGAACUGCUGAAGGGAUAUUUAAAAUGUGAAGGUGAUUGUAAAUAGUAUCUAUGUCCACUAUAUUGUUGAAGCAAGCAAAAAAAAACCCCACUUGGUUUCUUUUCCAUUUUUUUACAACUUCUUUCUGUGUGACUUUGUGCUUUCAAGUGUGGAUGUGUAGAAUUGUACCCACCAACACUACACUUACAGCUCCUCUAGCGAAUGGAUAGGAGUUUCCAAUUCAAACAUGUACAAUAUUUAUGGACCUCCUUCCUCUGCCUUUGAGUGCAUCUGUCAAAUUUUGUUAAAUUUCAAUAAAACUAUUUGUAGAUCCCAAAA